CAUUUAGUAUACCAACGACCAUAGUGCCGGGAGGGCUUGCUUUUACGUCUUGUUUCACUGUAUAAAUUCCACAUAUUCAUAUGCGCGUGCGAGAAUUAAUAGAUAUUUCUUUGAUAGUUUUUGUACUUCUAUUUAUGCAAAUGUGACUUUGCAUGCAUUUAUUAUCAAUAGAACGAAUUAUUAAACGCAACAAACGAGAGUUUAUACAAGCAAUUAGAAAGAUUUUGGGAGCAAGUGAUCAGCGAUACUGAUACGUGCUUUAGAUAAUGAAUAUUCAGCACGAUCAUCGGUUUUUAUUUUCUGAAUCUUAAGGCAACUUUUAUGUAACGUUAAAACGUCACAAUUCAAGAGAUGAUAAUCUGAGUGAUCAAUCAUUCACAGAUAAGCUGUAUAGAGAGUUUGAUAAAGAGCUCUCAAGUUGAAUUUAUACGACAUUAUACACGCACAUAGAAUACAGUAUCAUGACGUAUUUACGUUCAAUCGGAGAAGUGAUUUGCUUCCUAUUCUUGUCUAUUGUUGCAAUAUUGAAGAGCAUUAUCAGAUCAUUUAUUCCCAAAAGAUAUAGGAUGAAAAGCAUAGAUGGCGAAAUCGCUCUCGUGACAGGAGGUGGCGGUGGAUUAGGCAGACUUCUCUCCCUCAGGCUAGCCAACCUGGGUGCCAUUGUCAUCGUUUGGGAUAUAAAUGAAAGCGGCAUUGAAGAAACCAUUAAACUGGUCCGGGCGAUCGGAGGCACAUGUUACGGUUACGUCUGUGAUUUAUGCGAUCGAGAGGAUGUAUAUAAAAAAGCUAAAAUCAUCGAGGAAGAAAUAGGCAAGGUAACGAUACUUAUUAAUAAUGCGGGCAUUGUUACGGGAACGAAAUUACUCGAUACUCCGGACAAACUUAUUAUCAGAACGAUGGAUGUUAACAUCAUGAGCCAUUUUUGGACCGUUAAAGCUUUUCUUCCAACGAUGUUAGAGAAUAAUAAAGGACAUAUCGUGAGCGUGGCGAGUUUGGCCGGGCAAUGUGGAGUUCCCAAAUUGGUAGAUUAUUGUACAUCUAAAUUUGCGGCUAUGGGAUUUGACGAGGCUCUUCGCAUAGAACUUGAGUAUGAAGGAUACGAUAUUAAUACAACGGUUGUAUGCCCUUACUUUAUUCGUAGUACCGGUAUGUUCGACGACGUUCAAUCAAGAUAUAUUCCAACUCUGAGUCCAAACACCGUAGCUGACAAGAUCAUAACAGCAAUGAGAUGCAACGAGAAAUAUGCCAUUAUUCCAAGCUAUUUGCAAAUUUUGUUAGCUUUAAAGUGGAUAUUUCCUUGGCCGUGUUCCGCCAUGCUGCUUCGUGGAUUAGUCAAAGAUGUUUCACCGGUCCAUGUAGAUGACGAGUCAUAUGCAACUGCAGCUACAAUUGUAAACAAAGAAACAUGUAUUGUUUCAUCAUCAAAGGAUGAAAAAACUAUCCAUCAAUUGACCAGACGUAUCUCCAGCUCCGAAAGAAAACCUUAAAACCUUUUUCGUUUUGCUCUGGUUUUAAUAUUGAUUUAAGAUAUUUUUUUGAAAAUGCACUUUGAUUUUAUGUGGUAUUAAUGAUGGCCUUCAAUUUUUUGUAUCUUGAUCUUACAAGUUACAAAAUAUACUUUAGCUGUCAGAAAAUAAGUAAAUAUAGCGAUUGAUUGAUUUAAUGCAAACGUAGAAAACUUCCACGUUUAAAUGAUGCUUUCAUAUUGAUUAAGAAAAAUAGAUGAAUAAUAUAUUGUAAAAAUGUGAUACUGAAUCUAUAAAUAAUGUUAGUAUUAGAUAUAUAAAAUAAUAUAGUCAAAUGUUCGUUUUCUUAACAUCUUAAUAUUUUAAUAUUUUUUCCUGCGCUACGUCACUAUUUCACAUAUGUCAUACGUGACACCAUAAAGUGAGAAAACGAGUAAAAGAACAAACUGUUCCUAAUUUCUUAACUAUAUAUAGUGCAAUCAACGCACAACAACGUGUUUACACAUAUGCAUUAAAUCUGUUUGUUUUAUUCGCACUCUUUAAAAUUUUUUGCAAUUGAUACGAGAUAAAUAUACAUAUAUUCAUUAAAAAAAGAAGCGGAGAGAGAAAGAGCGAAGAAUCUAAGAAUAAAAAAAGCAAAUAAAACGAACAGUCCUAAUGCAAUUCGAAUUAAGCAGAUUUAUUAAGAUUAAGAAAGUUAUUUCGUUUUGAUAUGUUAAGAAUAUGAAAGUUCGACUGUAUUAGAGCGAGAAUAUCUAAUUUGAUAUUAAUACAUAUAAAAUUGCAGAAGCAUCAUACUUGUAUAUCAAAAUGUCUAACAAUUCUAUAUUUGUAAAGAUCAUUACUCUUAUUAGUUACUGUCUUAUCUAUGUAGAAAAUAUUUGCAUUAUAAAAAUGAAUAUAUUUUUGUAUGCAAAUGUAAAUAUUACGAAUGACAUAUAAUGCACGGCUUCUCAGUUCUCCAAAGUAUAGUUUUAAGUGAUAAAUUAUGUAAUAUCAUAUGCUACGUUGAUAUAAAGGCAUUAAAAGAAUGUAACAUAAGUAAAGUUCAUACUAUAUUAAUAAUAUAUAAAUGUAAAUCUUAACAAAUAUUUAGAAUAUAUGACUUAAUAGAGGGAAAUUCAGGAAUAUAUACAUACAUGUGUGUGUGUGUGUGUGUGUGUGUGUGUGUGUGUGUGUGUGUGUGUGUGUGUGUGUGGUGUGUGUGUGUGUGUGUGUGUGUAUGUGUGUGUGUGUGUGUGUGUGUGUGUGUGUGUGUGUGUGUGUGUGUGUGUGUAUUUGUGUGUGGAUGUGUACAAAAUGAUAUUAAAACUAUUUAAAAAUAUAUAUUGAAAAAUAUUUUUAAAUAACAGUUUUUAUCAGCAUAUGGAACAAUAUAAAAACCGAUAUGAAAAUAUUUGGCUUUUAUCUUGUAGUAACCAUUGUAAAUAAAUAUUUUUAAGUAAAUAAUAGUAAAUGAACUUUUUCGCAUAUAAUCCCUAUUUUUUUACGGGACAUAUUUUUUUCUUUGAAAACAACUAGAUUUAAAGACAAAUUUUAAUUAUAAAAAGUUAAUUAAGCUUUAUAUACAGUGUGCCAUAGCUUAUUGCAAAUAUAAAAGAAUAAUUAAAAUUCACGUUAUAUAUGUUAUAUUGUAUAACAUUUUUGUACUUUAUAACAUGAGAUAUGUAAUAAACUGUAUACUUAUUUUUCUAAAUUUGCC